UGUAGCUAAAGGCUGAGCUAUAUUUAUAUAUUUAUAUAUUUGAAUUUACCCUGACAUGGUCCUGAACGAUAGCUAAAAGCCUUUGUUGUCAUCGACAGUAGUAUUUAAACAAACAAGCUAAUGUUUUGUGGUCAGACUUUGAUCUUUGUCUCCGCUCUGAGUGGCUAACCACAAAUAAGGAAGCGAUGAACUUCCAGGGCAAUCGGAGGCGGGGGGAGGAUGGCAUCGCCAUGGUGAUUGACUUCCUGCUGUCGAACGCCCGGCUGGUUCUGGGAGUCGGUGGGGCCGCCAUGCUAGGCAUUGCUACAUUGGCGGUGAAACGGCUGAUAGAGCGAGCGGGCCGCGCAGCUGACGAUGAAAAGGUGGAGCAGAAGAUGGCCGAGAGCUGGGAGGAGUUGAGUUUAGUCUCCGCUUCCCCGACGCUGAUCAAGAAGGGCAUCGAAGGCGUCGUGAUGAAACAUGUCGCCAAGGCAGCCAAACAACAGAAAGCUGACCUGUGCCAACAACCUCAGAUGUCGGCCCUGGAGGUACAGUCCAAACCCGAGUCAAAGUCCAAGAGGCUCCAGCUGUGCGUGGUCACUCCGCAGGAGCGUCUGCUGCAGUACUAUCACACGAGGGCGGCUCUCGCUCCACACGAGGUCCGGAGGGCUCAGGCUCUGGCUCUAGACAUCUGCACUGAGAUCCAGGGCUUUAUGCACAGCCGUCAUCCAGACAUGCCGCUGGGUGAGAUGAACCUCGGAGGAUCUCUCCUGGAUGACCUGCAGGUGGUCAGUGCGGACCACGCGUGUCUUCUGGUGCCGCUGCAGCUGGAAGCUUCUCUGUGGCGUCUCAUCCCGGGAGAGGAGACACUGCUCACACACCCGCUGCACUGGAUGGUCCGACGAGUCAAUUUAGAAUAUUUUCCCAGAGGACGCAGCUACUGGGACAGGUACCUGGUGGGAGGUUAUUUGUCAGCAGAAGCCGUUGUCAACAUGUUCAAUAAAGCAGUCAUGGAGACAAUUAACUGGCCGUCCAUCAGCAGCACUUUGGACUGUCUCGUUAGACCAGUACUGGGAGGACCCGACCUUCGACUUGAGAUUCGGCCUGAAAAAGAAAAAGAAGAGGCAGACGGCAGCCAGCCACUCUUCAUCUCCGUGUUGCCUCUGCUGAGAGAGGAGGACGUGGCUCUGACCGCCCAGCCUGAGCUCACCUCCCCCUGGGUCAACGCCUGGCACCUCUCUCUCUACCCGUGGGAGACUCAGCGCCUGGUUCAGCUCGACGCCACUGACGACGGUCGCCGCAAACUCAUGCUUAAAAUCCUGAAGGCGGUGUGCAGACUGAACCCCGCUCUGCGACCGCUCGAAGCCGCCCCGCUGGCCAACCUCAUCCUCCACCUCAGUGACAGUGAGAGCGACUGGUCCGAGAGCAGCCUGGAUGUGCGAUUCCAGCAGUGCAUCACAGAGCUGAUUGGCUACCUCGAGCAAGAGGCGUUGCACAGUUACUUCAAGCCAGCUGUCAAUCUGCUGAGCGGCUUGUCAGAUGACCAGGUGGACCAGAUGGGCUUCAUGCUCUACUGUGCUGUGUCAGAGCCUGAAAUAUUGCUUAUAUAACACUCCGCACACUCUACACUUCUCAUAUCUCAAGCUCUGACACACACAGAUCAAAGGAAUAUUCUUUUAUCAUUCAUGAUGUUUGGUUCAAGACAAAAAAAAGGGAGGUUGUAUUCUUCCCAUUGCCUCUCCUCUCUCCUUAUUUAGCUCCUCCAUCUUGCUUUGAUGCAGACAUACAGGGUACAGGUCGGAGUGACAAAAUGUCAGGCGCCACAGUGAGGAAGGUCGAGGAGAAGAUACACUGAGAAAGCGGAUGUGAAAGUGACAAUCAAAGCUAUAAAGAGGAUGAAAGGAAACGUGCCAAGGAACGGAGAUGAGGACGUGUUAAUCAAGAUGUUUGAAAUAGCGUUUCAGGUUGUGCCUGAUCUUUAAAACACCAGAGCCAAGCCUGUAUUUAAGUUUGUGUGCGAAUGUUUUUCACCUGAAUGUUUAAGUGUGGGAGACGACGAUGGUCAACAGUACAUCCAUCAUCAUCAUCAGCAGAGGAGGAACGCUGAUUAAGACACUGUUUCUGUUCUUCGACUGAUAGCGUGUGUUCUGCAUCAUUUUCCUUUAAAUAUUCUAACUAUGCAGAUUAAUAAUGACCUGCUGGGUUUUGCUGCACCUAUUAGACUACUGAGUCUGCCAGAGUUGAACUUAUUUAACUCGACGUGUAUAUUUUAUGAUACUGGAGGUUGAAGUGUGCUGAAUUUUCUGUUCAUUGUCUUCCGUGUUGCCAAUCUUAUUUUUGGGGUGAACUAGCCCUUUAAACUAUGAUUAAAAAUUUGCCUAAUAAUUUUAUGCAGUUGCUUUUAAUAUAUGGUAUGAAUGUUGUGGGGAUCUUCAGUUGUGUUUUCUUGCUGAGUGAAAGGAAAAUGGAUUUUCUGUGAAACUGCACAUUGAAUUAAAGCACUUAUAUUCUGAA